AUGGUACAUCAGUUAUCGCUUGUAUCUACGGUUUCACAUAGUAAUUAUGUUCAGACUAUCUCUACAUUACAGGCAUUGACUGGAUUGUUGACUCCACAGCCGAUUUCAACGUAUACAUUGGUCACCAAACCUCAUGAUGUUUUCAAACCGAAAUUUGAACCAGGAAAAGUGAAUCAGAUCGAGCAAUUCUAUAUGAGAUGUGUAACGACAUGGAAUGAUGAAACUGGAAAUGAAUUUGAUCUUUCAUCUCCUGUUAUUGAAAACGACACUGAUAUUUUAGUGAAUAGAUUAUUUUUGGGAGUAGAUGAUCGUAGGAAUUGGACCAUGCAGAUAUCUGAUAUUCCCAUUGCUGGUAAGAAUCAGGCAUGCUCUGCACAGACGAUAUAUGAAAGCACAUUGGUACACCACCAUACAAAAGUAAUGGAUAAAGAAAAAGUUCGAUUAGAGGUAUCUAAUGAGUCAAACAUGGACAUCGAUGAUAAAGAUGAAGACAAUAAGGAGAAUAUCAAGAAGGAAGAAAGUGGUGAGAAAGCAAAAGAAAGCGGCGAGGAAGCCAAAGAAAGUGGUGAAGAAUCCAAGAAAAGCGGCGAAGAAGCCAAAGAACACAGUGAAGGCAAUGCCAAUCAGACCGUAAAGGAAUUGGAAGUGUUAAAUCGAAGGGAUUCGUUCUUACAAUUCUUAGAAGAUUUAGGCUACGAUGUUAUAAAUCAGUUUUGGAUGAAAGGUGUACGUUUCUUCCAUGGCGAUAUAGUCAUUGAGAUUUUCAAGGUAUUUGUUAGAGAUGACGAAAAGGACGAAGAAAAGGACAAAAUUAGACUCAAGCUAUUAGAUCCAUCCAAUACUUUCCAAAUAAGGACAUACAUAAAUGUUCCAAAAUCGACAGAUGUAGAACUAAUUAAUCAAGGGACUAAGGAUUUAUUAAAAUUACAGGAGUUUUUGAAAAAUUUGAUAAAACUAGAAAUCCCUGAUAGAAUGUUUAUGGAUUCUAGAGUUACCUAUAAAUAG